GGCUCCAAGCCUAUCAACCAAACCAGCUCCCUUCCUCCUGUCCUCCCCUCCGCUCCCAGAUUUAAUUUUCAUCUUCCCCUUUUCCAAGCAACUCCUAAACCUCGCUUCUCCCCCAUUCGGCACACCAAAUCGAACCCGCUUGAAUCAAUGGCGUCGACGAUCCGCCCGGGCAUGGAUGCGGCGGAGGCCAAGAGAAGCCCGGGCGAGGAGGGCGAGGGCUCCCGCACGGUGGCCCCGAAGAAGCUGACCGGGUGCCACGGCGUCCGCGUGGUGGUCGGCCCGCCGACGAGCCUACCGGCUGCGGUCGCCUGCGAGAAGACCGAGGACUGGGUCGCCGUCGUCAGCCGGAGGCGCGCGCCUCGCCCUACCUGCCCACCACCGUCGCGCCCCUCCCGCGCGGACGCCGCGGUCAGGACCAAGGCGGCGCCGCCGACGCUGGUGAAGGCCUCCUACGGCGACGAAAAUCUCUUCAACAUCCUCCGCAGUGGAGAGUGCGCCCGGGCGUGGGCGCCGUCCAGUAAGUCGGUCACCGGCGGGAAGAAUCCUAUCUUCAAGGCUUCCUUCGCUGAUGUGGUGAAGAACAAUGUCCACGGCGCGCGCAAGAUGCCGAUCACCGGUCGUGCGGGUGCGGCGGACGUGAAGACCCGCUCCACGGCGACGCCCCACGGCGAGGAGGACGCGCUCGAGAGGCCCAUCUCAGCGGCCGUGAACAUGGCCGUCAAGAAGCAGCUCCCCUUCUCUGCCAAUAUCAGGACGGUGGGGGCGCAGGCGCGGGGGCGCUCCAAGAGCCCCGUCACCGGCGCGAAGGAGACGGUGCGCAAGGCGUCCUUCGCGGACGUGGUGAAGAGGAAUAUCCACCUCGCGCACAAGACUCCGAUCACUGGUGACGAAGAUGGUGGUGCGGUGGGCGUAAUGAAUACCCACUCCACGACGAAGGCCUACGGCGAGAAGGACCUGAUCAGCGCCGGGGACGCCGCAUUCAAGGGGCAGGAGUUCGCGUCCGAGAAGGACCUGGUCACCGCCGGGGACGCCGCGUUCAAGGGGCACGAGUUCGCGUCCGCGGCCGACGACGCGGUCACCACCGGGGACGCGCCGCGGUCCAGGAGCAGGAGUUCGCGUCCGCGGCCGACGACGCGGUCACCACCGGGGACGCCGCGGUCCAGGAGCAGGAGUUCGCGUCCGCGGCCGACGACGCGGUCACCACCGGGGACGCCGCGGUCCAGGAGCAGGAGUUCGCGUCCGCGGCCGACGAAGCGCCCAAGAAGGAGCCCGUCUCAACGGGCGAGGAUGCAGCGCUCCAGGUGCCCGUCUCAGGGGUCGAGAACGCGGCAGUUGAGGGGCAAGGCCUCGUCUCCGCAAAGGACUUCCUGCUCAAAGAGCAAACGCCCCUCAGUGGCGAGCAGGCGGCGCUCGACUUGGACAAGGACUCGCCAAGAAUGGUGGACUACGCUGGCGAGCGGCGAGAUGUACCGCCAGGAGGUGAUGAUCCCGCCCGGCAGCUGCCUGGCGAUGGGGGUGGCAGUCCAGCCGCGCAGCAGCCAGGGCCUGGCCAUGCGGGCGGCGAUCCCAUGGGGCAGCAGCCAGGGCAUGGCGGUGGCGAUGGCGGCGGCGGCGGCGGCGGCGGCGGCGGGUUUGGUUUCCGUCCACGUCUGUAUCCUCUUCCAUUUACGAAGUGCGGCAUGGUGUGGCCAGGCGAUAACCGGUGCCAGGACUUCGCCACGCACUACUGCAGACUGUGCCUGCAAAUACGGUGUGGCAACUGCGUCUGCCCGUGUGGCCCGGGAGGCGACAUGGCCAAUUUCCCGCUGCCACAAAUCACAGGGGAUUUCACCCAGUUUCAGCUGCCAGUUCCGAUUGUGCUCCGCGAUCAUCCGUGGGUUUUCUCGGGUGCCCGCCGGCCAAGGUACAAUCAGGUUGUCUACUACUUCGCUCUCUUACAGCAUCUUGUCGAUGGCAGUGUGCACUUCCCUGUACAUGUCUACCGUAUGACUCUCCAAGGCCGUUGGGUAUACCCCAUGGAAGAGUCGACCGAGAGAGUGACACGCUUGUUCCUAUUUCCAAUUCCACCUUAGAUUUCUUGUUUUCGAUGUCAGUUGUCAGGUAUACAUGCUUUCAGUAGUAGCAGACAUGAAGCCUGUUGAACCAUAAUAAUGUCAGUGGCAAUGUAUCUUAUAAGGUUGAAUCUUUUAAGUGGUCUUUGUGAAUGA